GUGUGUCAGUGUGUCUCUAUUCUCCGACAAUUCAAGUCCUGAGAUCAGCUGACGCGCUCAUGUGACCAAGGCUAGUCUGCAGCUCAAAAUGGAGUUGUCGGAAUCAGUGAUGAAAGGACUUCAAACCGUGGCCGAUCCAAAUGUGUUCGACCUGAAAUCAUUUACGAUAUUCACAGAGGUCGUAUUCGACAGUCUGGUCUCGCCUCGACACGAAAGUUUUCUAGGUCACCCAGAAUUAAAGCACAUCGAUCAGACUACCCUGAAACACUGUCAUACCGCGGCAACGACCUUCAUUCUGGAAGGAGUAAAGCAAAAUGCAGAUAAAUCAACGAUUAGCUCGUGUCUUGAAGACGUCAGGUUCCAGAUUGAAAGAGUGGAUAUAUUUUAUACUUCAUUCCAGAAAAACAAAACAAAAUUGGAAUAUUUGUUGUCAAGCAUUGACACAUGUCCUCCCCAUAUAACUGAUGCUGCAUGGCGUCUUGAGUAUUGUAUAAAGAAUAGUCAUUUACAUAAAGUCAAUCAACCGUCAUACCUCAUUUCCUUGAACACCGAGAGGGGUGCCGCUUCUUCGGAAAUUAAUUUUAGUUGCACCAUGGAGCAACUUCAGGAUUUGGUUGGGAAAAUGAAGGACGCAGCAAAAAGUCUCGAGAGGGCAACCCAGUCUUGAUUCCUGGAUUCCUGAAUCUCUGGAUUUCGGAUGCCGAGGUUUAACGAGCCAGAGUGUCUUUCUUUCAGGACGCAGCGCUCCAGUUUUUUUUUUUUUUCUUGUUGAAUUAUUCUUGAAUUAGUAGGCCUAUAUGCUGUAACCCUUUUUUUUUUUUUUCUGCAUAAAAUCCACAAUAAAAAAUUACUUUGAUAUAAGCAAA